AUGGCACAGUCGACUCUGACAUGGCCAAAGAAUAGAUCGUGUACACGAACCAGCUUUCUGUUCUCGAGUGCGACUUCUCGUGGGACACUGACUGACAAGCUGCAAGCCAACAUCAAAGCGUACAAAGCAGACUACAACCCGAAAGACCCGUGGAUAUGGCCUCAAUUGCGUUCGACACAGCACCCUGGGUACCACGACGAUAGACAGAACGCGGUCGCCCUACUUCAAGGAAUCGCCUAUCCGCAUCAAGUUGCGCGCCAGUUCGUACACCCAGCUCGACCAGUCAAAAACAUGUCCUGGAUGAUGCGUGGCAACGUACUCUUCCCAUUCGGCUACGACAGAUUCGGGCAGCUAAGAACUGAAGAUGCACUGGGCGCACUGGAUAGAUGGAACUGGAUCUACAAGAUGACGGACGUGCGUCCCGCGAUUCUGGAAGUCGAGGCUGAUCCGAGACCGGAGAGGUCUGAGUCGACGAUUGGCGCGUUCAACGAGGUCAUCAAGAUGGUGAAUGAGUGCUAUGACGGAGACACGGCUGAAAUCGACGCACUCUGCAAAGAAAUCACCCAUCUUAGAGCUGUGGAGAGCUCUCAGAAAGCACGAGCAGGUAAGGCUGAAGGGGAAGUGGUAGCAGCGAGCAAAGCUCGUAAAGCAGAGCUUGCAAAAGCGAACAAGGACGCGAAGUGCGCCACGAGCCGCUACAAGAAAAACCUCCUGUAUGCGAACACCCACAUUCAAGCAGCUGAAAAAGACUGGGAGCACGCCAGCUUGCAGUUGUCGCAGCGGACAAAGCUGCGUGACGACUAUAAGUUCCAGAUCAGCAAAGCAGAGGCUGAAAUCAAGACACUGAAGCAGUCACUGAAAGAGCGAGACGAGGAGGCACAGAACUUGCAGAACAAGGCCGCGGUCGCAGACGAGCAGGUGAUGAAAAUCUGGGCGGAGAGGAAGAGGGUCAGAGAAGCCGAAGGCGGGAAGAGAAAGGGAAGCGAGGAAGUGUCUGAAAUCCAGCUCAAGAAGAUGAAGCACAUCUGA